AUUUUCGUUCUUGGUAAAUGAGAGGAGAAAGAAUGUGUAUUUAAUUCUUUAAAUCAAUAUCAGACAAAUGUUUUUCUCUUUUAAAGGCAGCAGUAAAGGAUUCGUCCCUGUACAGGAGAAAAAGAAGUGGACUGAAGCUCAGAAACACUGCAGAGAGAAACACACAGAUCUGGCCAGUGUGAGGAAUGAGACGGAGAAUAAUCAGAUCCAGAACAUCAUAAACCAGAACCUAACUUCAGAUAAUGAAGCCUGGAUCGGUUUGUACAGAUUCUGGGUUUGGUCAGACAACAGCAACUUCAUAUUCAAACUCUGGAAGAGUGGUGAACCCAAUGAAAUAGCUACAAAUUACAGCAUCUGUGCAUCAACUGGUAUCAGUGAAGGAGGAUGGACAGACGAGCGAUGUUCAGAUCAUCAUCUCUUUGUGUGUUAUGAUGAUAAACUGGUUCUGAUCCGAGAGAAUAAGACGUGGUCUGAAGCUCUGAGAUACUGCAGAAAUAUGAGCAUGGACCUGGUGUCGGUGGAUUCGGAGCAGAUGCAGCAGUGGGUGAUGAAUGUGAAUUCGAGCGCUCUCUCUGAUCACGUGUGGCUGGGUCUGCGUCACUCCUGCACAGUGGGGAUCUGGUUCUGGGUCAACGGUCAGACCGUGUGUUAUGAUCAGUGGGCUUCUGGUUAUGACACUGGACUGGACGAAUGUGAUAAGACGGUCAGAUCCGGAGUCAUUCGAAAGAAUGAUACUCGCUGGAUCAGCCGCCCUGAAACUGAUAGAUACAACUUCAUCUGCAUCAAACAUCAGCCUUCUCAUUGAAGUACUGACUGAUCUCAGAUGUUUCCCUGGAGAAAUUAAAAAAGGAUACAAAUGAGUCCACAAUCCAGUCCAGAGCUGUACAAUGAAUGUGGAGCUGAAGUACAAACAUCUGAAAGCAGGAAACCCUCAGUAAAAGUGUUUCAUUUGCACUAUUUCAUCUCACUGUUGUUUAGGAGAUACACAUCCAUAAACUGAUGAUGACUGACACACACACACACACACACACACACACACACGCACACACACACAAACAUUUGUUUUUGCGAAAAUUGGAGACAUCCCAUAGGCGUAAUGGUUUUCAUACUGUAUAAACUGUAUAUUCUAUGAUCCUACACCAACCCUACACCUACCCUAACCCUCACAGGAAACUUUGUGCAUUUUUACUUUCUCAAAAAAAAAAAAAAAAAAAAAACUCAUUCUGUAUGCAUUUUGAAAAAUGGGGACUCAUAAGUGUCCUCAUAAGUCACCCUCUCCUUGUAAUACCUGUGUCAUACCCAUGUCAUUAUACAGAGUUGUGUCCUGAUAUGAUACACAGACACACACACACUUGGCAUCUACAUUACAGACUUCUUUUAUAUACACACAAAUGAUGACAUUUCCAAAUGCAGACUUUGUCAUUUUUAACUCACUUCUGGAUACAAAUUUGUCACCAAAAUAUGGUUAAAGCAAGACAGUAUUAGUGAAAAGGUAAAAUAUUAAGUAACAGACAGAACCAUAUCUCCCCAGUUAAUUUACACUGUACAUUAAGACAUUACAAUUACUAAUUGUACAAACACUAAUCUGCUUAC